AUGGCAACUUAUUCAGGUACAGAAUAAGACUCUAUAUUGUACAAUAUAAAUGAGAACUUAGGAAAUAUAAUCGUUUCUUCGAAUAUGAAAGAAACUUUAAUUGCAAAUGUGAUUAAUAUUGAUAAAUCGGAAGCUGCAAGAGAAUUUUAGAAAAUUAAUUAGAUUACAUUGAAUAUAAAGACUUAGACUAUAGAAGAAUCAGGAAGAUUUAUUAUUAAACUUACCAAUAAUUAAUUUUAAUUUGCUACUAAUAAACCCUGUACAAGUGUUACUAAUGAAAAUUUUCAAAGCGUAGUUAUUUAAAGACAAGAUUUAUAAUAUACUGUUAAAAAUGAUUUGAUUGAAAUUUUAUUCAUUAAUUAACCUAUUAUUGAAUCUAGGGCAUUUAACUUUCAAUUCUUUACUAUAAAUAGUAAAAGUGCUGGAAAUUCAGGUUUUAUAGUUUAUUUAAUGGAACCUUAUGUUAAUUAAGUAUUAGAAAAAGGAACUGUUUCUACAGAUACUUUAUAAACUAAUGUUAUUCUAUUAGAUACGGACAAUGUUAGUGUUCAACUUUCUUUCGGGAUGCCUGCUUAAUAACCAAUUUAAUUAUAUAAAUCUUUAUUAUAGUAUACAGUUUACAAUACUAUAUGUAUAAAUUUUUAAGUACUAAAAAAUACUCCUGAUGUAGAUUCGAUAUUAUACAUAGAAAUAGGCACUGGUUAUUUUACAGUUUUAGAAAACAAUAAUGGAAAUUUCGGGGGAGUUUUAUUAGGAGAUAAUAAUGAUAAAGGCUAUAGAAUCUUGACUAGUCCAAAAAUUUACAGUGCUUAGGGAAACUCUAAAUGUUUGACUUCUUAUGAUUAAAUCAAAUUAUUAGAUAAGUGCGUUGUUUAGAGUGUUUAAUAAAGUAAUUAUAAUUAAGGAAACGGGUAUACUGAAAUUAUUAUGAAAGGGAAUUAUUUGAACUUUUAGAAAUAUGAAGAUAGUAAAAUGGCUUUGGCAGUUACUGAUUUUAUUAUUAGUGGAUUUGCACAAAAUAGUGGCUAGUUUAUUUAUGAUUUUUUCGUGAGUACAUAUUCCGGAGGAUUAAAUGAAAAAAAUUAGGAUGAAAGUUAAAUUGUUGAAAGAUAUUUAAUUAACGCAAGUAAAUACGAUGGCUUUAUUAAUAAUAUAAAUACAAGUUAUUUUCCUUAAAAAGAAAUUCUGAACUCUUCUUUUGAGCUAAAUGGUGUUACUUUAGGUUAGAAAGUAGAAAACUUUAAAAUUCAAACAAAAAUAAACUACAAGAUUCUUAUAGGUCAUUUAAUUUUAGUCACUUAAUGGCAAUUCAAUGAAUAAUUCUAAACAAUUAUUUUAAUGCCUAAUAAUAUUUAAUGUUUCUAACUUUCUUUUAUAUCAAAUGAAGUGAAAAUAAAUGCAAUUAUAUGCGAGAUAGAGUAAACUUAAUAAUUUGACUUUUCGAAUAGUUACUUGUAAAUAAGUUAUGUCACCAUCCCUUAUGUAUAUGGUGUAACUUUACCAAGAACAAGUCUUAGUAUAAGUGAUGAUAAAGGAAUCGAAGAACCUAUAAAAAAAAGGAAUUCUCCUGAAUUAUCCUUAGAUGAAAUCGAGCUUUUAUUUUAUAAAAAAGAAGAACUUCUGUAAUAUAUAAUUGUAAAAGACGAAGAAUUAGAAAUUAAUCAAAGUCCUAAAGUAAUGAGAUUUUACAAUAUGAUAAGUUCAAAUAAUUAAACAUUCACUUAAAGCGAUUUUUAUAAUCUAACAUUUACUUUUCCUGAAAAUACUCCCGAAAAGGCUAUUUUAAUUGAUUGGUAUAAUAAAUAGAUUGAAGGAAGAUAAUAAAAUACUAAGCUUUUUGAUUAUUAUGCUGUUAAUGAUAUUAAAGUUAGUGUUUAACCCGAUCUAUAAUAAGAUUAGACCGUUUUAAUUUCCAUGGGAUAAAAUUGGGUUUCUUUAUAAGAUAUUAAACUCACAAUUAAUGGCUUUGUUUGGAUUAUGACUGAUAAUCCGGGAAAUCCUUAUGAUAUUUUUUAUGUUAUUACUGGUGAUGAUCCUUCGGAUAAUAUGGAUUUUAUGCCUAAUGCAAAAGCAGUUGCAAAAAAUAUUUUUGAAUACUUCGAUUAAGGAAAAAAAGGUAGAUUAGAUAUAAGAGAUUGUUUUUAAAUGAUGGGAGAAGCUUAUACUCCUUUUUAAUAAAAAUAGCCUUAAACUAAUGAUGAUGCAAAAGGAUAUUUUUAAGUUCUUGAUAGAAAUAAUGACGGAUAAGUUACAUUGUAGGAUUUAGAAAAUGUUUGUGUUUAAUAUUUAUGUGGUUUAGGGUAUUAAUAAUAAAAUAUUAAAAUUAAUGAUAAUUAACCAAAAUAAUAUACAAAGGAAAUUGAAGCAAGGCUUAAUGUGGCGAGAAAAAUUUUUAAACAGUUUGAUUUCGAUUAAAAUGGCUUUUUAAAUAAAUAAGAAAUAGGAAAUUUAAUUAAAAAAACUUAUGAAUAAAUAGAUAUGAAGAAUGUUACACCUACUAAUUAGGAAAUCGAAGAAUUUAUUAAAAUGGCAGAUUUAGAUAAACAAAGGACAAUAAGUCUUUAAGAAUAUGAAUAUUUAAUCGUAAUGUCUUUGAGAAAAAAUGGUUUUAGAAUAGAAAAUGAAUAAUUAGUAAUUUGA